GUUGAACUCGUGUUGAACCAGGCUCCGUUGGGGUCAACCAGGCGGUCCCAUCAAUGCUUAAUUGCUCGGAGGGCGGGGCGGACAGGAUGGGUGAGUAAUGCCCAUGAUUCUGUGGCCAGCAGCCGUCGCCGUAGCCCGGCACUAGUUCCUGUGUUAGUCGCCCACUCCAGAUCCUCACCGUCACGCCCCGGUGAACUGCCCCUCUCUCACCCGAGGUAGCUGCCAUCCCCCUCUUCCCCAGUGUCCCUAUUUCAUCCAUCCAACCACCUCCUACUAGUUACCAUCUGCUCCUCUACCACCACCCAUAUCCUCCCACAUAUACACACCAUGUCGCUUCCUCUCCCCCGUACCCUCCGGGGGACCCUCCUCCUCCGCCGUUCCUACGGCACCGUCCACUCCACCCCCAGCGCUGGCGCUCUGGCCAGCCGCAUCCCGGCGGCCCUGCGUGAAGCCACCGCCGCCACGGCACCACGCACAAACUGGACUCGCGAGGAGGUGCAACAGAUCUAUGAGACGCCUCUGAAUGACCUCACUUACGCCGCGGCCGCCAUCCACCGGCGCUUCCACGACCCCGCCGCUAUCCAAAUGUGCACGCUCAUGAACAUCAAGACCGGUGGUUGCAGUGAAGACUGCUCCUACUGCGCACAGUCCUCCCGCUAUGAUACAGGCCUCAAAGCCACCAAAAUGUCCCCCGUCGACGAAGUCCUCGCUGCUGCCCGCACCGCCAAGGCCAACGGCAGCACCCGGUUCUGCAUGGGCGCUGCCUGGCGUGACAUGCGUGGCCGCAAAACCUCCCUCAAGAACGUCAAGUCCAUGGUGUCGGGGAUUCGGGGGAUGGGAAUGGAAGUGUGUGUCACACUCGGCAUGAUUGAUGAGAACCAAGCCAAGGAGUUGAAGGAUGCGGGGUUGACGGCAUACAACCACAAUCUGGACACCUCGAGGGAGUUCUACCCCUCGAUCAUUACUACCCGGUCAUAUGAUGAGCGGUUGAGGACGCUGCAAAAUGUGCGCGAUGCGGGCAUUAACGUCUGCUCGGGCGGCAUUCUCGGUCUCGGUGAAAAGGACGAAGAUCGGGUCGGCUUGAUCCACACGAUGGGCAGUCUGGAGAAACACCCCGAGAGUUUCCCGGUGAAUGCUCUCGUUCCGAUCCCGGGUACACCUCUGGGCGAGAGAAAGAUGAUUAGCUUUGAUAAGAUUCUCCGAACGGUGGCUACGGCGAGAAUAGUGCUCCCGGCGACGAUUGUGCGGUUGGCUGCGGGACGCAUCUCCCUCAGUGAGGAGCAGCAAGUGCAGUGUUUCCAGGCUGGUGCGAAUGCAGUCUUCACGGGCGAGAAGAUGCUCACGACGGACUGUAAUGGAUGGGAUGAGGACCGGGCCAUGUUUGGUAAGUGGGGAUUCUACCCCAUGAAGAGUUUCGAGGCGGAGCAUUUGGUCGAGGAAGCCAAGGAGUUCGAGCAGGGCAAGGUGGAAGAGGUGGUUGAGGAAAAGAGCACUGCGCAGGACGCAGUCAGGGCGUAAACUGGUAGAUAGGAAUAUAUUACUGUUUGGCCAAUUUCUAAUUCCCUAGGUUUAAAUUUCACCCGAGUCAUGCAU